AUGCGCACAUUUGUUUGCCUCGCCCUGGCGACCAUCCUCCUGGUCGCCGGCUCCUCAGCUGCCACAUACGAUCCUGUGGCGGCGCAACUUCUGGAUGUGGAUGCUGGUGUCCAGGCUCCGGCGGCAGCACGACAGGUUCGUCAGUUCGGCGGCUUCGGUGGUCCAGGAGGCGGCUUCGGUGGCCCAGGAGGCGGUGGCUUCGGAGGCGGUGGUUUUGGAGGUCCAGGAGGCGGCUUUGGAGGAGGUCCAGGAGGCGGCUUCGGAGGCGGUGGUUUUGGGGGAGGUCCAGGAGGCGGCUUUGGAGGAGGUCCAGGAGGCGGCUUCGGAGGCGGUGGUUUCGGAGGUCCAGGCGGCGGCGGCUUCGGAGGCUUCCGAGGCUAG